AUGGGCUCCGGUGCAAGGGGGUAUCUUGCACGAUCGCUGCUUUUAGCAGCCAUCUUUUUAAGUAAUUAUAUCACAUGGACUACAUGCAGACAUCACUACACACAUAAUGUAAAUGGUCAUCGUAGCAGGCACAGGCGGCAGGGCGCAGGACUGUUCUUAUCAGCUUCAUACAUUGUACCUGGUGGAGAGGGGAGCGGAGCGUGGGGCGAGUGGGGUGAAGUGUCCCCUUGCUCCAGAACCUGUGGGGGUGGUGUCGCUAGCCAGAAAAGAAUAUGUUUGGAAGUUGGUUCAGACGGCCAGCCCCUGUGCACGGGAGGCGACACCAAAUAUUUCUCCUGUCAAACGCAAGACUGCCCCGAAGGCUCUGGAGACUUCCGCGCGGAGCAAUGCGCUGCGUACGACAACAAGACCUUCAGAGAUCAGAAGUACAAGAUGGAGUACUCGGUAGGGAUGGCGGCGGAUGAGUUCCUAGAGGACCAACGGCGGCGCCCAAGCCCCGUAGUGGGUUACAUCCUUGGCGUCAGGUGGCAACCGGCUGUAAAACAGAAGCCAACAACCAUACUUAUCAUGAAAAGACAACACGUAAGGAACACGAGGAAUACUAGGGCGUUCCCCUUAAGCGACGUCGGAGAUGAUAAAACUGCGAAAUAUGCUAGGGCGUCCCCCAAAAGCGACGGAAGAGCAAAACAGCAAGGCACCGUGACAAUGUCCGAACUACGUAUUGCUAGCUGGAACAUUGGCACGAUGACAGGACGCAGCGCUGAAUUAAGCGCCAUCUUAGAACGACGUCGCAUCAACAUCUGUUGUGUGCAAGAGACAAAAUGGAAGGGUGCAAAAUCACGACAAAUCGGGAAGGGCUUUAAACUCAUAUACUACGGUACUGAAAAUGGGAAAAAUGGGGUCGGGAUUAUUCUAGAUCAACAUCUGAGCCAAAAGGUAAUAGAAAUAAAUAGAGCGAGUGACCGCAUCAUAUCUGUAAAACUAGCCUUGGAGAACCAAACCUGCCUCAAUAUUGUUUGUGUCUACGCGCCCCAGGUCGGCUGCCCUGAAACAGAGAAACAAGACUUCUGGGAAGAACUGUGUACACACAUGAAUGCUAUACCUGUGACUGAGCAACGAAUUAUCUGCGGAGAUCUUAAUGGGUAUGUGGGCAGUGGCGUAGAUAGGUUUGAGGGUCAUCAUGGGGGUUUUGGGUAUGGAACACGAAACAAAGAAGGAACCACAAUAUUGGAAUUUGCAGCGUCUCUAAAUCUAGCAAUAGUAAACACAUUUUUCAAAAGAAAGAGGAACACCUCAUUACUUAUAAAAGUGGGAAAUCCAAAACACAAAUCGACUAUA